AUGGUGGCUCUCUAUACUAUGUGUGUUCCGUCGCUAUCGAUUCUCGACCCAACUUUACCUAUUUCCAUGCAAGAUUAUUAUUAUACAGUGAUAUCCCAUAAAGAGUGUAGAAAAUACUCCAAAGCCAAGGACGACGAUGACGAUAAUGUUGUUCGUCAAGAAGAUGAUCAGUUGAAUGCCAACCACGACAACUUCUAUGUUAGAUUGAAGGAUCACGAAGAUGUCAAUGGCACUUACUACAAAAAAUUGAACCUCAACGGCAACAACUGUGAGAGAGAAUUAAACGGCGACCAUGAUUAUUUAAUUGUUUAG